AUGGCUGCCGAUUACGUCGCGGACGACGCCGACAUGGAGCCUGCGGGGCGCGGCGUGGGCCAUGUUGACGAGUCGUCCAAGAGCUGGUGGUAUCUAUUUAUACUCACUCUAUCUAUUGGAGGUCUCCAAAUGGUCUGGUCUGUGGAACUAUCUCACGGCUCGCCCUACCUUCUCUCCCUGGGAAUGAGCAAGUCACUCCUCGCAUUUGUAUGGAUCGCCGGCCCUUUAACGGGCACCUUGGUCCAGCCAUAUAUCGGCAUCCGCAGCGACAACUGCCGCAUCUCAUGGGGUAAGAGGAAGCCGUUUAUGCUUGUGGGCAGUGUGGCCACUGUGAUUUCUUUAUUGGCUCUGGCUUGGGUCCAGGGGCUGGUCGGCGGAUUUUUGUCUAUUUUUGGUGUUGACCCGGCGUCUGAGGGGUCGAAAGUGGUUGUUAUUGUUGCCGCGACGGUUCUUAUGUAUUGUCUUGAUUUUUCUGUUAAUACGGUGCAAGCCGGCAUCCGCGCAUUCAUCGUCGACAACUGUCCUGCUCACCAGCAGGAAUUGGCUAAUGCGUGGGCUAGUCGACUCACGGGCGUUGGUAACAUCUUGGGCUUUAUUUUUGGGUACAUCGAUCUGCCCAGAUUCGUCCCUUUUCUCGGCAAUACCCAGUUCCAGGUUCUCUGUUCGAUUGCGUCGUUCUCUCUCCUGAUUACCUUGGCGGUCAGUUGCCUCUAUAUCCAAGAGCGCGACCCUCGCCUCGAAGGCCCACCUUCUUCAGAUGGGCUCGGUAUUGUUUCUUUCUUUCGACAGACCUUUAAAUCGACCAAGAAUCUUCCGCCGCAGAUCGCCCGCGUCUGCGAGGUCCAGGUGGCAGCCUGGGUAGGCUGGUUUCCGUUUUUGUUCUACUCGACUACCUACAUUGGCCAGCUAUAUGUCAAUCCGAUCUUCGAGGACAAUCCGAAUUUCUCCAAGGAUCAGAUUGACCGUGCAUGGGAGGAAGCUACGCGGAUUGGGACAUUUGCGCUUCUUGUUGAAGCGAUUAUAUCCUUCGCGGCUAACAUGCUUCUUCCGCUAUUUGUCGUUCCAACUUAUGACGGCCAAGCAGAGCCAAUAACAUCACAAAGACCAGAUAGUUGGGGCGGCGACUUGGGAGAAGAAGAACCAGAGAUUCCUCGCCGGUUAUCAUUUUCCGCCAUGCCGACAGGCACAGCAUCCGAGCCACUCCUCAACGAACCAGGAGACAAGUACCCGCUCGCGGACAAGAAACCAAUCUGGCUCUCGCGGCUACAGAUCCCGGGCUUGACCCUCCGCCGAACAUGGCUCCUCUCCCACGUCCUUUUCGCAGUCUGCACAUUCAGCACGCUGUUCAUCCACUCCUUCCAUGCCGGAACGGUUGUCGUCAGCAUCAUUGGGAUCAGCUGGGCCGUCGCCCUGUGGGCGCCUUUUGCGUUGAUUUCCGCCGAGGUCUCUCGCAUUGAUGUUGAUCGGCGGUCACGCCUUCGCCAGACAGCGUUGUCCGAAAGUGUCGGAGAAGUGCGCCAUCCUCCCCCUUCUUCGUCUGCGGCUGCUGCCACUACUACUGGAUAUGCACCAGCAAACACCGAAGAUGAUGCUGAUGAAGAUGGGAGCGAAAUCCGCCCAAGCGAGGACGUCGAGAACGGCCGACCACCGCCGGCCGAGGAGAAUCUCGCCCAGGCAGGGAUUAUCCUCGGACUGCACAAUGUGGCUAUUUCAUUCCCCCAGAUUCUAUCGAGUCUGGUCUGUAGCGCUGUUUUCAAAGCAGCGCAGAAACCGCGCGGCGAGCCGUGGGAUGAUAGCGUGGGAUGGGUGCUCCGGUUUGGAGGCUGUGCUGCCCUGGUGGCGGCGUGGUUGACGACGCGGGUCGCUGAAGGGCCGGCCCGGUGA